AUGAUUAUUCCUGGCUGCCGAGCGUCUCGUCUGCUGGUGGUUCUAACAGUCUUCAGUUUAACGCUGUUCAUCGCCACUCUUUGUCGUAGCCAUUAUCACGUGGGCAGGUUUGAGACGAGGCUGGGUGUGGACAUCCCGCGGGUUUACCUAAUUUCGUUCCCGCGCUCGGGCAACACCUGGACGCGGUACCUGGUGGAGGGCGCCACGGGCAUCUUCACGGGCUCCGUCUACGAGGACAAAGAGCUCUACCGCAUCGGCUACCUGGGCGAGAAGGAGAAGGUCGCCUCAAACACGACGCUGUUGAUCAAAGACCAUCUCUUGGGGAACAAGCCACCUCCACGGGACGGUCCCAUAAUAUUCAUUGUGCGCGAUCCAAGAAAAGCUAUUGCCUCAUACCUGGUGUUCAGGCAGGCUGUCAAACUCGACCCCGAGAACAAGCAAUUGUACCGAGGCUCAGAACAAACACUACGCGGUACAGAUUUUAAGAGACGGACGAUAAACCUCAUUUUUCACUGGGAACAGGUUGCAACGAAGGCCCUGACGAGCCCCACAGUUCUGGUCCUUCGCUACGAAGACAUCAAAGCAGACGCCAUCAAAUCCGUGCGGCAAAUCCUUGCGUUUCUCAACAUUCGUCCAGACGAAGACCGACUCGCCUGCCUCGCAAGACACGUCCAAGGCAAAGUCAACAGGGGACAACCAGAGAUGAACCCCUACACUGUUGAACUGGAGCUGAUGUUCUCUGCUGCCAUCGCCAGAGUCUCUGCACUCAUGAAAUCCAAAGGCUGGCCUCCUCUGUCUUACUCAUAGUGAAGUCAUAGCUUGAAGCCAUGUCAUAGAAAACGAUCCAGAGAAGAAAACCUUUCAUUGGUAGCCUUCUCAUGUUGCCCAGAUAAACAAGGUAAAAGUUAUAUUUCUAUAUUUCCUAGGCUAGGCAAUGUUUUAAUAACUUCUUGAUCACUUUACAUUCACACGUUCCCCAUAUAUAGGCUGAGUGAUCAUUCCGUAUUCUCCCGUAUUAAUCUUGAUCGAUUUUAAGCUAUAAAUUCAUUGGUUUCUUCUACGUAUGUUGAGGGGAAGGCUUUGUAUCACACUUCCAACAACUGAUGGGAGUGGGUUAGAGCAUAUAUUCAAAAACUGAUAAUUACAAAUAUAAAUAAUGAAGAUACAAGUUACAUUAUGCGCAAAUAUUGCAAGAGGACUCAGCUUUCUUGUUAACAAAGAGAAUAUAAGCGAAUGAGUAGAAUUUAAAUCGGUACAGCUGACAGUAUUUUACUCAAUCCCUUGGCUCAUGACCCAUGUUUGAAAUGCUCACGCCUGGAACAAUUCAACAUUUGAUUACACCUUUCACUGCGCAAGUUAGCCAGACCUCCCUUCUGUUGCGCUGUGACUAUGCUUCACAAUCAAUAAGCAUCCUCAACCAUUACGAUGAAUACUCAACCACAACUGAAGAAACAAAAUUUGGGAGUGUAGUGAUUUAUAUCUUUCACCCUCAUUGCAAGCAACUUCAUCUUCUCUGCCAAGCUUUUUUUACCAUUUUCAAGGGUCAAAAGUUUCUGGAAGUCGCGGACACUACAUUCAUGCUGUUUUCAGCUACCCUGCGGCACUUGCGCGCCUCCACUAGUCAAAAUCACCCCUUGCACGUUUAGCACUCGAAAUCACCCUUCUCAAGUUCUCUUAUCUGUCUCACCGAACAAAUUUGUUUUAAACGGGCCCCAUCUUAAGAAUAUUGCAUAGAUGGA